GUAACAACCAUUUCCCGUUUCGUUUCUGUUUAAAGUGUUUCAGCAUUUGGUUGUCCCCCUCGAGUCUGUGAACUCGACAUAGGGACGUCCUUACAAGACGUUCUUGUUUUCUUUUCCCUUUCGUCCUUGUCGAGGAAACAUUCAGUUCCACUCAUCACCGAAUCCAUGACCAACAGUCCCUUCCCUCAUCGCCCGCCAGGCGCGGACAGCAAGACCCCAGAGUUGACAUUGGAUCUCGAACAGACCUCACCCAACAACUCGAAAUCAGUGCCGAUCACAGAACCGCCACCAACAGCCUCCAUUUCCAGAGGCAACAGCACCACAGACCCGACCCUAAAAGACAUCACACCCAAAAUGCCAGAAACCGCCGCCUCGCGAAAGGCCCAAGUCGUCCCACUCUUAGAUGGCCACGAUGACCCUGAACCUAGCAGCAGUAACGCAAGCAGCAGCCGACCAUCAGCCGAAAAUCACCACCACCAAUCCUCCUCCAUCGACUCCCUCACCCCUCUGACCCCCCGUGUGAAUCCCCCUUCUCGCCAUCACCACGAAGACCCCAACCUCGUAGAAGACGAUACCCUCAUGACGGGAAAAUACGCCCUCCGAUCCUGGCUCACUGUCUUCGGCGCCUGGCUGGCCAUUUUCGCAGCCUUUGGGCUUUUGACUGUGUUGUCGAUAUGCCAGAGCUAUCUGUCGGGGGAAAACGAGCAAGUGGCGAGCAUCAGCGACGGCACCUUCGCUUGGGUUUUCUCUCUCUACUUCGUGGUUAGUUUGGGUUUGGGGAUGUACGUGGGCCCGUUGUCAGACCGGUUUGGGGCGCGGUAUAUGGUCUUGAGCGGGACCGUGUUUUUGGGGGUGGGAACGGUGGUGCUGGCUUGCAGGAGUGAAACAUGGGCCAUUCUCCUUGCCUUCGGCAUCCUUUCCGGCCUAACGUCCACCUUCCUCUUCAUCCCCUCUCUCGUUACCAUCCACCAAUUCUUCGGCCGCUCUCCGCGAUACUACACUUUUGCGACCAGCCUUGCCACCACCGCCGGUCCCACGGCCGGCAUCGUCUUCCCUUAUGCCACUCGAAACCUCUUCCACGAGGUCAGUUGGCCAUGGACUAUCCGUACCUUGGGACUCAUCUGCUUCUUCCUGGCCGUCAUCGCCAACUUCUUGAUCCGCUCUCCUCCUUCUGUGAGGUCACCUGCCCCUUCGGUACCGACAUCCCCUACUUUAUCUUCGCCGGGGAAGAGGAAGAAGUCAUCACCACCCGGCUCUGCUGAUUCUACCACGUCCAUGGCUGCCAGCGGCCCCUCAUCAUCAUCAGCAUCAGCAAACCCCUCCUUGAUGACAACAACAACAACAACAACAACAAAACCCAGCAGCACAAUCCACCCCUCCCUAACCCCCUUCUUCUUGUCUCCCUCUUACACCCUCCUCUUCCUCUCUCUCCUCCUAAUCCACCUCUCAAUCUACACAACAACCACCUACCUCUCCGCCACUUCUCUUUAUUCCCAAGGCUACUCCCUUUCCUCCACCUUCCGCACCACCACGCUCGUAGUCAACAUCUCCUCCAUCUCUGGCCGCCUUCUCGCCGGUCUUUUAUCUUCCGGCUUUCCCUUUUCCCCCUCCACCACGCGUCUCCAAUCCAACAUCGGCAGAAUACCAAAAGGCCUCGGCCCCUUCAACACAACCAUCCUCUUCUCCCUCCUCGCCACAAUUGUCCUCCUAGCGAUCUUGCUACCGCCCCUCCUCCACCCAGGACGAACAGGCAUGUCUUCUUCGCGAUUCACUGCCUUUGCUGUUCUGUUUGGUUUAUCUAGCGGCGCGGUUCUGGGGGUGGAACCUGUUUUGGUUUCUUCUUCUUCUUCUCUUGUCCGUGAUGAUGAGAAAGAAAGGAAAGAUAUUGGGUUCGGGCAGUUCUUCGGCACGUUAUACACCUUGAUUAGUCUGGCGAGUAUGGCUGGGAUUCCGAUCGGUGCGCACCUCGUGACUGCCUGUCGGGGACGGUACUGGGGGUUGUUGAUCAUGAACGGGGUGACGGGGUGGCAUCUUAUGUUAGAUCGGGUUUGGAAAUAUGAAGCAUUGAUCAUGAUGAAGCAUAGCCCCUUUCACUAA